UACAGCUCCUAUAAACUAGUGGCAAUUUCUGCACCCCAGCCUGCUCCCUUUCAGUUUCUGAUUUCUAAGUCCAUGUGUCCAGGGCUGCCAGAAAGGAGGCGUAUUCCUGAGUGCCGGCCUUCCUCCCCUCUGGACGUAGUCUGCGGCGGGUGUUUGUUGUUUGGUGGAGGAGCGCCCACCCAGCAUGGACCUCAUCGCGCUGCUGAAGUCUCAGUUCCUGUGCCAUCUCAUCUUCUGUUACGUAUUUAUCGCCUCGGGGCUCAUCAUCAACACCAUUCAGCUCUUCACUCUCCUCCUCUGGCCAAUUAACAAGCAACUCUUCCGGAAGAUCAACUGCCGGCUGUCCUACUGCAUCUCCAGCCAGCUGGUGAUGCUGCUGGAAUGGUGGUCGGGCACGGAGUGCAUCAUCCACACGGACCCCCAGGCCUACCCCAAGUACGGGAAGGAAAACGCCAUCGUUGUUCUGAACCACAAGUUUGAGAUCGACUUUCUCUGCGGUUGGAGCCUGGCCGAGCGCUUCGGGGUCUUAGGGGGCUCCAAGGUCCUGGCCAAGAAGGAGCUGGCCUACGUCCCCAUAAUCGGCUGGAUGUGGUACUUCACGGAGAUGGUCUUCUGCACGCGCAAGUGGGAGCAGGACCGCAAGACCGUCUCUGAGAGCCUGCUGCACCUGCGGGACUACCCCGAGAAGUACUUCUUCCUGAUUCACUGCGAGGGCACGCGGUUCACGGAGAAGAAGCACCAGAUAAGCAUGCAGGUGGCCCAGGCCAAGGGGCUGCCCAGCCUCAAGCACCACCUGCUGCCUCGCACCAAGGGCUUCGCCAUCACCGUGAGGAGUUUGAGAAAUGUAGUUUCAGCUGUAUAUGACUGUACACUCAAUUUCAGAAAUAAUGAAAAUCCAACACUGCUGGGAGUCCUAAAUGGAAAGAAAUACCACGCAGAUUUAUACGUUAGGCGGAUCCCUUUAGGAGAAGUCCCAGAAGAUGAGGACAGGUGCGCGGCCUGGCUGCACAAGCUCUACCAGGAGAAGGACGCCCUCCAGGAGGAGUACUCCCGCACGGGCACCUUCCCCGGGACGCCCAUGGUGCCCCCGCGGCGGCCCUGGACGCUCAUCAACUGGCUGUUCUGGGCCUCGCUGCUGCUCUACCCGUUCUUCCGCUUCCUCGUCAACAUGGUCAGCAGCGGCUCCUCCCUGACGCUGGCCAGCUUCGUCCUCGUCUUCUUCGUGGCUUCCGUGGGGGUCCGAUGGAUGAUUGGCGUCACAGAAAUUGACAAGGGCUCCGCCUACGGCAACAUGGACAGCAAACAGAAACACAGCGACUGAGCCAGGACGCGCCGCCAUCCAAAGGGGACCUUGGAGGACUGGUGGACGCCGCCAUCGUCCUUGGAGGGACCCAGUGGUGAAGCUGGGUGAGCCCCUGCUGGGGAGGCAGGGGCAUGGCCUCAGCGCCAGAUGGGGAGGAAGAUGUGCUUAAAUCCUUUCCCCCCGUGCUUUAGUGGGCUUCGGUUCUCCUUCUUUCCGUGUGAGUCUGUGUGAGCGUGCGUAUGUGCGAUGAGAAAGAACACGUGUGAGUGAGAAUGAGGUGCGGCUGUGACAUUCAGAGGGUACUUGAGGUGCAGGGGGAGGGCAGAAGUGGGGAACACUGGGGGAGUUCCCUUCCAUCCUUUGGUGCUGAGUUUUCUGUAACCCUGGAUUGCCACAGAGUGAAAGUCACUUUAGGUAAGAUGACUAAAUUAUGCCUCCAAAAAAAAAAAAUUAAAGUG